AUGGUGAUUAUGAGCAUUUGGGCAAAGCUCAUGGAGAAUCUUCUGAGAUCGAAGGAAUUGUGGGGUCUGAUCGAGAAUGGAGUAUCAGAACCGGAGAGGAAUAUCAUUCUGACAGGACCACAAAGAUCAGAGCUCGCGGAGCAGAAGCUGAAGGAUCUAAAGGCGAAGAACUAUCUCUUUGCAUCUAUCGACAAGACGGUGUUGAAGACGAUCGCAAAGAAGGAAACCUCCAAGGACAUAUGGGAAUCCUUGAAAACCAAGUAUCAAGGAAAUAAGAGAGUGCAGAGUGCACAACUUCAAAGACUCUGGAGAAACUUUGAGGUCUUGGAAAUAAAAGAAGGAGAUUCAAUCACUGAAUACUUCUCGAGAGUGAUGGUGGUGGCUAAUGACAUGCGAAACCUUGGGGAGGACAUGCCGGAUGACAAGAUUGUGGAGAAGAUCCUAAGAACCCUAGUGGAGAGGUUCACUUAUAUCGUAUGCGCAAUCGGGGAGUCUAAGGAUAUCAAAGACCUCUCGGUUGAUGAGUUGCAGAGCUCAUUGCUAGUCCAUGAGCAAAACUUGAGUAAGAAUGUCGGAGAAGAGCACGCACUCAAGAUAGAAGGAGGAAGAGGACGUGGCGAUCACUGGAGCUAUUCUCAGGGAAGAGGAGGACAGUUUCAGAGCAGAGGAAGAGGCGGAUACAGAGGAGGUUGUGGAGGUCAUGACAGGGGAAGUGGGAGGUUUGACAAAAGAAACAUUGAAUGUUUCAAAUGGCACAAGUUGGGGCACUUCAAAAACGAAUGUCCUACUUGGGAAAAGGCCGCAAACUAUGCUGAGAUGGAAGAGGACGUGUUACUUAUGGCGCAAGUAGGAGGAGAAGAAGCAUGUAUGUGGUACCUAGACUCGGGUUGUAGCAACCACAUGUGUGGAACCAAGGAGUGGUUCAUUGAUUUCGAUCACAAGUUCAGACAACAUGUCAAACUUGGUGAUGAUAGACGUAUGCAAGUAGAAGGAAGAGGCAACCUGCGUCUAGAGAUCAACGGUACAACACAAGUCAUUUCCCCAGUCUACUUUGUACCGGGAUUGAAGAAUAAUCUCCUCAGCAUAGGCCAACUGUAA